GAGAUGCUGCAACUUCUAAGAAAGUGGAUUGUGGGAGUAGCGCAGAAACUGUUGUAAUAUGGCAUAUCGUGGUAUCUUUGAUGUCUGGAGUUAUCAUUGGGCUUUUUCUUGCAUACAUUGUGCUGAGUGCACAUCGCCGUUGGUUUAGAAACAGAAAACCUCAAAAAUACUGUGAACCACAAGAAACUGAAGUUGAUACAACUUAUCAAGAGCUUGAUCUUUCAAAAAUGAACACAGAAGAUAAUUAUCAAUCAUUAAGAGUGAACGCUGCAAAUAAUGACGAUGUAUGAUAUUACUGCAUGCAUAUAUUGAGUUGAACAAAACCAGAUAUAUGUGGAGAACUAUCAGUCCUAAUUUGAACCUGGAUCGUUAUAUAAAGGUUGAAGGUUUAGCUUCCUUCCAAGGCGUCUCUGUCUGUGGAGUUAUCUUUUAUACUUAUAGUGAUGCUUGCUGAGGAAGCUGGGUUCAAAGUCAAAGGAGAGGUUUUUACAACUGUAAAGAUCGAAAAGGUCGUGGGUCCGAGGUCAGACAAUAUUCUUCUGUUUUCCGGAGGUUUUCAUUGAUGGCCGCGCGACUAGAUUCUCGACCAGAUUCUUUCUGAAACAAAAUUUAUAGCUUACAGACUGUUGGAACCUUAUAAUUAUAGUUAUAUUGACUUAGUUCAAAGUGCAUGCGCAGUACGUUUGUAUUAUCUUGAAAGAUAUUGGCUUACUGCUAGUUUAGUCGAGUAAAAUAGUUUUCUUGGCUGCUCUACUGUUCUUUUGGAGUGUCUAGAAUGUGCUAGUGCUCAUCGGUUACCAGGUUAUUGUCGCAUUAUAACUGGAUCUGAUAACAGGUUCAUGAAUAUCCUGUUCCACAGUUAUGAUUCUCAAAGAAUGACCUAAUAAUUGUUUUUUACUUUGCGUAAAGCCUCAGGGUAGUAUACUAAAUUUUAUGUUUAGGUAUUCAAUGUCUUAUGGGGGUAUUCAUUUCAAUGUCUUCAUUUUGAGAGCUACAAUCUUGAACGUAUAUUGCUGCUUGAGACUCUUUCCCUCCAUACAAAAUUCGACAAUUCCCUGUCAUAAUAUAGUCUCUUGUAAACAGUUUCCCGUUACUUUUGUAUAUUUGUAUUUUCUAUACUUUCGCCAUGCGGAAGUCCACCUAUGUUGACGUGUGUCUUUAGUUUUCUAUCUCAAUAUCAUGCGAAGUUAUGCCAGCGCUGUUCUGGUUUCUAUGGGGCCCAAAAACACGAUACCGACGACAUCGAAAUUGCUAGGAACUGUUUCAGAAAUAUUUAUCCAGAAAGUGUAAUAGGGGGAAUUUUUGUGGGCAGACAUUACUCCUGAACGGCUUAUGUUGAUGUCGUAAAAAGCGCAUCUGGUAUCGUGCAACUGGGACCAUAAAACAUUGAAUAAUUAAUUAAAUAACUUAGGUCUCGGCAAUGUGCAACUAUUAAUGCCAAAAUUUGUACAACAAAUAUGUCGCAGCGAAAAUCUGGCGUAUACUAAUAUUUCGUUGUCGUUUAGUGGGAUGCAGGUUCUGCAAAAUCAAAUGAUGAUCAUUCACAUAUAAAUAAGAGAUUGGCACCGCGCAUGCAGACUAUCACGUUACAAGUUGGUUUUGGAAAUUGA